UCUAACCUGCUCUUAAAUAUCUCCAGUGAUGGAGAUUUCACAACCUCAGUUGGGGCCCACAUCUAUGGUGUCUUUUUUUCCCUUCUCACUUGGGUGCCAGGGCUUUGUGAAAGAUGUGCAUGAAGACUCGGUCACAAUAUCCUUCGAAAACAACUGGCAACCAGAGCGACAGAUUCCUUUCAGUGAUGUACGGCUCCCCCCACCCACGGACUACAACAAAGAGAUUACAGAAGGGGAUGAAGUGGAGGUUUAUUCCCGAGCCAAUGAGUGGCUGGCAAGGGUCCGGAUGAUGAAAGGAGACUUUUAUGUAAUUGAAUAUGCAGCUUGUGAUGCCACCUACAACGAAAUCGUCACACUGGAGCGACUCCGGCCCGUUAACCCCAACAAAGUGGCCACCAAAUCCAGCUUCUUCAAAUACACCAUUGCUGUGCCGGAGGACCUCAAGGAGGCGUGCUCCAAUGAAAAUGUGCAUAAGGAAUUCAAAAAGGCGGUGGGAGCAAACAGCAUCUUUCUCAAUGUCGCCAACAGCGAACUCUUCAUCCUGUCUACAAAUGAAUCCACGAUAAAGCGGGCAUCACUGCUGGGUGACAUGCACCUCCGCAGCAUCCGCACCAAGCUCAUGCUGAUGUCUCGGAAUGAGGAAGCCAACAAGCACUUGGAGACGAGUAAGCAGCUGGCCUCGGCGUUCCAGGAGGAGUUCACUGUCCGCGAAGACCUCAUGGGGCUGGCCAUUGGCACCCAUGGUGCCAACAUCCAGCAGGCCAGGAAGGUGCCUGGAGUCACUGCCAUAGAGUUAGAUGAGGAGACGUGCACCUUCCGCAUCUACGGGGAGACUCCUGAGGCAUGCAAGCAGGCCCGGAGCUACCUAGAAUUCUCAGAAGACUCUGUUCAAGUCCCAAGAAACCUUGUUGGCAAAGUGAUUGGGAAGAAUGGCAAAGUGAUCCAAGAAAUUGUGGACAAGUCCGGAGUCGUCCGGGUGCGGGUGGAAGGGGACAAUGACAAGAAGAAUGCCCGAGAGGAGGGAAUGGUUCCUUUCAUCUUUGUCGGCACUCGGGAAAAUAUCAGCAAUGCCCAGGCCCUACUCGAAUAUCACCUUUCCUACCUCCAGGAGGUGGAGCAGCUGCGCCUGGAACGUCUGCAAAUCGAUGAGCAGUUGCGGCAGAUUGGCAUGGGCUUCCGGCCCCUCUCCAGUCGAGCUGACAAGGAGCGAGGUGGCUAUGCCACUGACGACAGCACCUCCUCCUCCCUCCAUGGCACGCGGACGUAUGGGGGUAGCUAUGGCGGGCGAGGCCGUGGGCGCCGGGGACCCAACUCUGGCUACGGUACCAACUCAGAUGUGUCCAACGCCUCAGAGACUGAAUCGGAGAAGAGAGACGACUGUGAGCGAGACCCGCGCCCUGAGGAUAGCCGGAGGCGCCCGGGCAUGGGACGAGGACGGGGUCCUACCCCAGCACCCCGAGGAGGAGGGGGCAGCAAGUACAACAAUUCCUCCAUUAGCUCAGUGCUCAAGGACCCAGACAGCAACCCCUACAGCCUGCUGGACAACACGGAGACCGACCAGACAGCUGACACUGAUGCCAGUGAGUCACAGCCAAUAAACAACACCGAUGAGGAUGCAACCAUGAUGGAUGGGGCUGCUGAGUCAGACAACACAUCUGUCAAUGAGAAUGGCGUGGAGGAUGAAUCAAAGCCUCAGAGACGCAAUCGAAGCCGUCGCCGACGUAACCGUGGGAACCGCAUGGAGGGCUCCAUCAGCCGGGACCGGCAGCCAGUGACAGUUGCGGAUUACAUCUCCCGGGCCGAGUCCCAGAGCCGACAGCGGGCCCCACAGAAUGAAUCCCGGGAAAAAUCCACCGAAGAUGACACACCCAGACAAAAGGUAGAGCCAGUCACCAAGGUUGCCAACGGCCCAUCGGAGAAUGGCGAGGAACCAUCCGCCAUGGUGAACGGGCUCUCAUAAGCUCCAAGCCAAGAGAGAUGCGACUGCUCCCUCUUACCUAACCGACCCUAGUCAACCCUCGAGCUCUCAGCCCUGCUUGCGUCAUCGUUAAACAAAAACCCACUGAUCUCUCGUUAAUGAACCAUUAUUAAAAGAAAAUAAUUAAUUACUCUAGUGCUUGUUGGAAGCUUGCCAAAGAUAGGAAAGCUGUUCUGAGUAUAAUCUUCGUUAGGCUCAAACCAAUCGAGACAGGGCAGUGAAAACCAAACCGUAUUCUUCCCCUGCUGUCCGGGGAGUGGGCGAGGAUCACAUGCCCCUCCGGGCAAGGGGUCUCGACAGUAAAAAUAUAUACCUGUAAUUAAUGUGUGUCCGUUUUUGACGACUCCUUUAAAAACACGAAACGCAAACCAGCUGCGUGUUUAAACCGGAGAGAGGAUUUUUUUGUGCCUUCUGAUAGCGCGUCCUCACGCAGAGCACGGGUCUGGCUCUUUCUUCCCUUCCUUUUUUCCUUCCGUCUAGUUCAGUUGGGUCUGCUGGGCAGAGACUUUGCAAAGGAUGAGUCAGAGUAAAUUGCUUACCCCCUCCACCUCCCAAAAAUCGGAAGGCGCGAUGGGCGGGGAGCACAGGGAUGGGUUUUUGUUUCCAGGCAAUACAAAAACAGCAGGUAUUUUCUUUUCUUUCGUAUGUUGUGGAGGUUGAACAGAAAUGGCAUUGGGGGGAGGGGGGGAAGGGGGAGAGCAUAGAGCCAGCCCUGAACCAGUCGCUUUGCCGGGGCAGGCGGGAGAAAUCGAGCUGUGACGGUUGAGACUUUAUUUAUUUUUCACUGUACAGUAUUUAAAAGAGAAUAAAGAACCAAACUGGUCAGCAA